AUGAAAUAUAAAGACCAAAAUGGAAAAAAUAAAUUUAAAGAGGAUUUGGGAAAAUCUAAAAACAAAUUCAAGAAUAAAAUUUUUUUAUUUUCAAGGCAAAAACGAUUGGUUACUGUUUUAAGAAAAAAGUUGCAGCAGCAACAACUCGAUGCCCUAAAACAGCAAAAACAAUAAGAAGCAGAUUUUACUUAAAAAUUACAAUUUUUUAUUUCUUUCUCUUUUUUUUCUACUUACAUGGUGACCGGAAAAAUUGCAGUAAAUUCAUCGAGAUUAGUUUAGGCAUGGAAGCUUUAAACCAAAUUCUCGCUAGAAAUCAGACCGUUUUAUCAAAAAUCUCGGUUUAUCUAGAUCUCCAAUUCUUACUGCAUUUUACCGUAAACCUUU